AUGCGUGACCUCGAUAAGCGUUACGACCGCGCGGUCAUCUUGCAUCACGGUAUACUUGGAAGCUCAGAAGAUUGGCUGCUUCUUGGUGAAAGAAGAGCACUGCCCUAUUUAUUAAGUGAUGGUGGAUACGAUGUGUGGCUGCUAAAUGCACGAGGUCAUUCUAUGGGAGCCACCGCACUUCUAGUUCUUUUGACAACAUCACCAGAAUACAAUGAUGUGUUAAGAUCAGGGAUCCUACUAGCACCAUUAGCAUUUAUGUACCAUGUAAAAGGUCCGAUGAGACUACUAGCAAAUUUUUAUAGCACAAAUGGUUACAAUUCCCUGAACUUCUUGGGUCAGACUGAAUUUAUGAACUCAGAAACAUUUCCGGAACAAAUUGUUAAGAGAUAUUGUAAAGGAGACAAAAAAUCAUGUGAAAAUCCUAUGCUACUACUAGUGAAUGGUGGCAGUCCAUUGUUGGAACCGAAGCUCAUGGAAGACGUUAUGAAUCAUACUCCGAGCGGAACAUCAGCGAAAACAAUAAUUCAUUUCGUGCAGUUGGCGAAGACCGGAUUCUUUCAAAUGUUUGAUUAUGGAGCUGCAAAUAACGUGCGAAAGUAUAAGAAUGGGACUCCCGAAAUAUAUAAUUUGAAAAAAGUAACCUUGCCACUGGCGUUGUUCAGUUCUCCUUCGGACUGGCUGGCGACUGUGUCGGACAUUAAAACAAUUUUACCCCUCCUGCCAAAUGUGAACGUGCAUCAUGUGGUGAAAGCGGACAAUUUUGGACACUACGAUUUUGUUUGGUCGCCUGAUGCACCAGAUCUAGUCUUCAAUUUCAUUCUACCAUUAUUAGAUAAAAUAACAGACAGCAAAAAGGACGGCUUUUUCGAAUGA